AUGAUGAUUUUAUUCUCCGCAUCACAUCGGAAUAACCACGUUGCAUCAUCACCCAUAUGGAUAAACAUCAAACCCUAUGAUCCGAAUGCCUGCCACAUGGGACCGGGCACAUCAACAGCGCGGGGCCCACACAUCUACGCGGUCGCGACUUUCCCCGCGGAUCCCAAAAUAAGAAUAGCUCCUCACGCGUCUCAUCCAUAAUUUGAAUCAACUUCCCUCUCGCGUCCGGUUCGCUCGCUCAACCUGUUUCGUAUUCAGAACCCUCACUUGAUCCCGCCGCUUUCCAUCUCGCGACGCCGAAGACGAACGCACUUUCUUUUUUCAUAUUUUUUUACUUCCCGAAUCUGCGAGCUCUGAUGACUUCCUUCGGAAACAAUCGCCUGUCUUUCUCCAUUCUUGUUCUUCUGCGUUUCUCGAAUGUCCUUUUGCAAUUCGCUAGGAGCCGGUCGCGAUUGAGGUGAGCGGCCGGCGGCGACGCGGAUCUCGUGGGAGAGAUGCUGAGAUCGUGAUAUCAUAUUAUCGUAUUGGUAAGGAUUGGGACGGAUUUGGCUUGACGACAUCCCAGCGACGUGGCGGAGACGAGUGGAAUCGCUUAAGCCGCCCUGCCUUGCAAGCUAAGCUAUCCCCAUUGUUGACCCGUGGAAUGGAGUAAAAGCUGGGAAGCGGAGUGUGAGAGAGAGAGAGAGGGAGGCGGGGAGUUUAAUUGCCUCUCUCUCUUUCUGUCAAUUUACUUCUUGGGUCCCCUGUCGGGAUUCUGCGUUGGCGUGGUCGCUUUGUUUGCUAACUCUAUCCGUUGCUCUCAUCCCGAUUCCGUACUUUUUUGGAUUGAAUUUGGGCUUGAAUAGUUUUAAUUUGUUAAUUGUCGUCAAGACUAUGAUUGCUCUGCGUUUGUAAUGCAAUGAGUACCAGCGGCGAUCGGCAUUUUUUUCCCCUAACAAGUUUGCAAAUUGGGGAUAUGCAGUCUUAUCUUUCUACCUUGACUCUCUUUUUGGCUCCUGAAAGCAACAAAUUUUUUGUCCUGGUUGACAACAGACCAUGGUUGAUUGACCAAGACAAGAGAACUGCUUACCUAUGGCAACUGAUGGUCACCAAGUCAAGGCUCUCACCCUUUGCAAACACAAGGUUGAAGAGGGAGCAAAAAAUUAGUGGAAGGAAGCUUGAUUUUGCAAACAGCCAUAGAUCCAAUCCCAUCAAGCUCAGGAAAUUAAAUAAGUGGUUCACAGUGAUUGAUGCAGCAACAUGUCAAAAGAGAGUGCUACUCCCUGUAAAGAAACUUAAGGAGUCUUUCUUCUUGAAUAAAGAGCUUCAUCGUAUCUUAUAUGGUUUUAUCAUCUUUGAGGUUGCGUGGAAUCAUGUGCGUGGUAUUAAUUAUCUAAAUGAGCUUCAGACUGAUACUUGUAUGGCAUUGGAGGUUAAGCUAAUGAAAAGAUGGGAAUUUGAUAGCAUUGAGCAAGCUUUAAACUGCAUAUCUUCAUGGUAUUCAGGAACUAACCAUGAAAGAGCUAUAUUACAUAACUAUUUGGCUGAUAUUGGGGAUGUAUUUUAUGAUGUACAGGAAGAUAUAUCAUCUUUGUCCUUCCAUAAUUUAAGUGAUGAUGAAAGUCAAGAAGAUAAACUUUCCUGUUAUGUGGGUUCUACUUCUCUUGAUAUUGAUGCCUCAACCAGCUAUACUUAUAUCCCACCAACUUGUGGGCCUUAUAAAAAGAGAAAGAUCAUGAAAGUAAGUGCUGAAGUUGAUGAAGCGAUUGAGGUGUAUGGUGAAGUUAUUUGCUGUUCAAGGUCUGCAUUACAACCUCACAGCCCCAACUAUGAUAAUGCGGGGUUAAAUUUUGAGCCAACCACAUACAAGGAUGGCUUGGUUCUUUUCAAAUUUAAUGAUCAUGAUCUUCCAUUUAAGUUGAAAGAUAUAAUAAUGUCAGAUUUAAGGCUUCUUACGCUACUGGAGUAUGGGCUUCCUUCUUGGGUGAUUUUCUUCCAGUCAUACCCAGUUUUCAGCCAAAUAUACCGCCCAUGGAUGUGUCCCCUUGCUAGAGCUUUGUACGUCAUUAUUUCUGUAGUGACUGUUGUUAUUGGAUUCUAUGACCUAUAUAAGAAUGUUCCACUGUUGAAGGCAACUGCAUCUGGCUUGUUUGGGCCUUUGUUUGACUGGAUAGAGUCGUGGGAAAUGAUUUCCAGGCUUAAGUAUUUGGGAACCAUGUUAUUUCUUCAUAACUUUGAGAAAGCCAUAAAAUGGUUUCUUAUGGCCACUAGAGCAGUUAGAUCUUUUGUUUCAAUUUUAACCCGGCCAGUUGCUGCACCACUAAUGGAGCUCUGGGAAUUAGUCAUUCCCAUCUGGAAUAUAUGCUUUGAAACUAUAGAAAAUCUUGGCUCAGUUGUGUGGGUUUUAUUGGAGUCUUCAUACACCGUGGUUUUGGGCUUGCUGCAAAUGUUACUGUGGCCUUUCUGGCUCCUCUGUAGCACCAUAUCAAGUUUUGCUACUUUGAUCAUAUGUCCUAUACUUUGGACCUUUUGGGAGAUCUUCAUAGCUCCUGUUCGUUUGGUUUCUGCAAUGGUCAAUUUCGUAGUGAUGGUUUUUUGCAAUCUCUAUUUUGUCAUGAGAGACACCUGGUCAUCUAUAAGUGCUUUAUUCCAGUUUACACCUACAUUCCAAGCAACAGAAGUUGCCUCUGAAGCUUCAAUGUGGCGAUCACUUUGGAAUGACCUUUUCUCUCAGGUUUUUCGUGCACUUCGCAGCAUCUUAUAUGGCUUUGUUGCUUUCUUUACAACCUGCAAUAGGCAUCGGUUGAGCAUAUACAAUCAUUUUCAAGAGCUUCUUGUGCACUUUUCUAACGUUAGAAAUGCUAAGUUGGCCCAUGCCUGGAAGAAGAGUUUGGAUGAAAAUCAUAAAGAUGGAAGCAGCAAGUCUACAGCAAAGCAGAGCUUACGACCUAAAGAGAAGUCCUAUAGGAGGAGAAGCACCAUUAAGCAAAGAGAUAUGAGAUGAGAAAAUCCACAACACAACCAAAACACACCCACAUUACUUUUUUUUUUCUUUUUUCUCAGUAAUUUAGCAUUUAUGUGCUGUAAAUAUGUGUAAUUAAGAUUAUAUUAUUUUUUAAAGUUUUUUUUUUAAAUUCA